UUCCUGGUACUCGUGAGUGCUCACACACAAAAUGAAUGAAAUAUCUGUAUGUAUUUUGUCAUUGAGCUAAUCAUUAGCUAAUUAUACGUUAUUCAAAAGGAAUGGAUGAGUCAAAGGAUGAGAAAGCGCAUAAAGUCUUCAUAGAAAGGCUGACACUUGGUGUUACUCGAGUACUUGAGAGUCUUCCUGGAGUCCUCGAUGUGCGUUUCGCAGAAAGAGAGCCUGCAGAGAAACGAUGUUUGCUGUCAUGGGAGCAGAAAAACGCAUGUGUCUUACCCGAGGACCUCAGAGACUUUUAUCUAACUACAGAUGGCUUCACUUUGACCUGGGGUUCAAAGCUUGAGAAUGAGUGUGUGUCUGUGGGCUGUAUGGUGAUUAAUAGUGUGGCCAAGCUCCGGCGGCUUGGCCAAUCAGCAGUAUUCUCCCUCCCCAGCACACCCACCAUCGCUGAUCUGGACUCUGAUGGAGAGGCAGAAGAAAGAGAACAGCCCCGUUUUGAUUCCCGCAGUCGGAUCUUUGAGCUGGACCCCUGUGCGGGAAAUGGGAAGGUGUGUCUGGUCUACAAGAACUGCACAGAAGAUGAGGUGUCCCAGGAGUGUGAUGUGUGGUUCCUGGACCGCUCGCUCUACUGGCACUACCUGACCCCCUCGUUCACCGCCUACUACCGGCUCAUGAUCACACACCUGGGCCUGCCUGAGUGGCAGUACAACUUCACCCCAUAUGGGUCCAGCCCACAGGCCAAGCAAUGGGCUGCCCUCUACCAACCACUGACCUUCCACUCAGACCCUCACCUGGACUCUGCAGGUGAGCCACUGCUUAACAAGCUGGACCCGACCAAAGCCUUCAAGGGAAAAGCCAAGCAGCCGGCCCCCAAAAAGAAGCCCCCCAUCCAGGCAUCCACCACGGGUUCUGGGGGCCCCGCUAAAGUACAUGGGGGGUCAGGGAGACACAGUGCGCUAAAGCGAUGACCAGAGCAUGUUAAGGGAUAAAGCACUGAAUAUGUGAUGCAUACAGCAUUUAAGCUAGUUGGAUAUGCAAGGAGCAAGGAAUGUGUUUAAAAACGACUGACUGGAAGGCCUUCAUUUUAAAAUAAGUUGGUAUGUCAUGUCUAAUGGUUGAGAAUCAUGGUGAUUUGACCUUGAGUGAUGAUGUAUGUAUGUGUAUGUCCCUGUUUACACACCUUAACUGGAUGAAUAGGCAUAUUGCUAACACUAGCUUCACACGCUUAGCCCCUGUUUUCCCAGUCUGUCCACUAAACUGUGAACACAGGUAUGUUUGUUCACUACCCCUGAUUUAUGUGAGAUCCCCAGUGUCAUUUAUUUAUUUAAAUGUUAUUAACGAUUAAAAAAUAUGCCUCAAACACA